AGAGGGCUGAGCCGAGCCGUGCCGGGCCGGGCGCGCUGCUGGUGGGAGGCCGCGGCUGAGGAAGAUGAAGAUCCAGUUUCGGACGUGAGACUCACUGGGUGAUCAUUUCAUUGAGAUCAACUUGAACGACCAGGUGAAAAGCGCAAGAAGGACGUGCUAUGACUGAGAUUAAUUGCUUUGGCUAGACCUUCCAGCACUAUAUGGAAUAGAAGUGGCGACUGCUUUGUCCCUGAUCUUACAGGAAAAACUUUCAAUCUUUCAUGGAAGUAUGAUGUUCACUAUAUGUUUUCAUUUGUGGCUUUUAUUAUGUUGAGUGCUACAAGAACAUUUAACAAGAGGACCUAAUCUAGUCAUGGGAUCAGGGGAGAUUUCCCUGAAGAAAGAAAUCUGAGCCAGGAUCUGAAGGCAACACCAGUAUUUUUUACUGCCAAUCUACUUCUUCGGAUUUUACUUAAGAUACCAAAUCUCCAGCAGCCCCUAAAGCCUAGGAGUCUAGUAAAUCAUCAAACAGACUCAUGACUGAAAAACAGCAGGAAGAAGCAGAAUGGGAAAGCAUAAAUGUGCUUUUGAUGAUGCAUGGCUUAAAACCUUUAUUUCUAGUCAAAAGAACUGAUCUUAAAGAUUUCAUCAUUUUUGAUAAACAGUCAUCACAGAAGAUGAGGCAGAAUUUGAAAACAUUGAUGGAAGAAACAACACGUCAGCAGAACAUGAUCCAGGAGCUCAUAGAAACUAAUCAGCAGCUUAAAAAUGAACUUCAGCUAGAACAGAGCCGAGCAACCGAUCAGGAACAACGAGCUAAUGACUUGGAACAAAUUAUGGAGUGUGUGAAAUCCAAAAUUGGUGAAUUGGAGGAUGAAUCCAUAAAUAGGGUUAGCCAGCAACAGAAUAAAAUAAAAGAUCUUCAAAAGGAGCAUAAAGCUUUACAGGCAAAAUGUCAGCAUUAUAAGAAAAAACAAAUGGAGCAACAAGAGACCAUUGCUUCUUUGCAAAAGGAUAUCUAUAGAUUAACAAAAGAGGAGGAAGAGCGCAUUGUCACUCAAAACAGAGUGUUUGCUUAUCUCUGCAAAAGAGUUCCUCAUACCAUCUUGGAUAGACAGUUGCUUUGCCUAAUUGAUUAUUAUGAAUCUAAAAUUAGAAAACUUCAUAAACAAAGGGUAUAUAAGGAAGAUGAAAGUCUGUCAGAAGAAGAGAAAGACUACAGAAGUUUCGAUGCCUCACUGACUUAUAAAGGCCUUCUAAUGUCAUUACAGAAUCAACUCAAGGAAUCAAAAUCCAAGAUUGAUGCGCUUCUAAGUGAAAAGCUGAAUCUCCAAAAAGAUUUGGAAACCAGGCCCACACAGCAUGAAUUAAGACUUUAUAAACAACAGGUGAAGAAACUGGAGAAAGCCCUUAAGAAAAACAUCAGAUUAAAGGAUCUUCUCAGUCAGAAAAAGAUGGAGGACCCAGAGAAACAAGAUGAACCCAGCAAAGACAACCAGCAGCAGGCCCUAAUUGACCAGAGAUACUUUCAGGUGCUGAGUAGCAUCAAUUCAGUUGUUCACAAUCCAAGAGCUCCAGUGAUAAUUCAUAAACAGAGCAAAGGAGGAGCCCAACAUUUUCAUAAAGAUUUUGUUCAAGAUUGUGGAUUUGAGCAUCUUAUUCCUAUAAUAGAAAUGUGGGCAGAUCAACUGACUUCCCUAAAGGAUUUGUAUAAGUCCUUGAAAAUACUGUCUGCAGAACUGGUGCCUUGGCAUAAUUUAAAAAAGCAGGAUGAAAAUGAAGGUAUCAGAGUUGAAGAUCUGUUAUUUAUAGUAGAUACCAUGUUAGAAGAAGUUGAAAAUAAGGAAAAGGACAGCAAUAUACCAAACUUAAAAACUUUGCAAGCUAUUGUUUCUCACUUCCAAAAAUUAUUUGAUGUGCCUUCUUUAAAUGGAGUCUAUCCUAGAAUGAAUGAAGUUUAUACUAGGCUUGGAGAAAUGAACAAUGCUGUGAGAAACCUCCAAGAACUCUUAGAAUUAGAUAGUUCAACUUCAUUGUGUGUGUUGGUGAGCACAGUUGGAAAAUUGUGUAGGCUGAUUAAUGAGAAUAUGAAUGAGCAGGUUAUGCAGGUAUUAGGACCUGAAGAUCUCCAAAGCAUUAUCAACAAAUUGGAAGAACAUGAGGAAUUUUUCCCAGCAUUUCAGGCAUUUACUAAUGAUCUACUUGAAAUCUUAGAAAUUGAUGACUUGGAUGCCAUUGUACCUGCAGUAAAGAAAUUAAAAAUACUUUCAUACUGAAAACAAAUCAAAUUAUUUUUACUGUGUAAAUUGCAUUCUUAACAUUCUGAGUAUUUUGUAGGAUCGUGCUUUAAGACAAGGGUUAAAAAUGUAUUUACUCUCAGAAUUCAUCCCCUUCUUAAUAUUGGGUCUUCCCAUCUAUAUUUUUGUUAGCUUUGAGAUUCUUAUAGAGAAAAUAGUUGCGAAGCUAAAGUGGUAAGUUAACUUUAAAUCCUUUAAUCUUAAGGAAUUCUUGAGUGCUUAUAAGAUUGUUUUAAAAUGUAGUGUGUAAGUAAAAGAAAAACUCAGGGAGACAGGUUGCAAACAAUAGAAAGAUUGCAUUUAAAUUGAGGGUUUACUGACCUUUUUUAUUCUGGGAAUAAGGAUUGCCAAUGGCAGUCUUGAAUUCAGCCAAUAGGAACCUACUGCUUUCCUGGCAAGGAAAUUGCACAUUCUACUGAGAUAUCCUUCAUGGCACUUGACCUUUCAAAGCUGGAGGAAGAAAAGGAAGAAGGAAAAAAUGUUUUAUCUUUGGGUUAGGUUAGGAAAUGAAUUAUGAGGUAAUAGAGAGGAGUAGAUAAUAGUCUCUCAUUGAAAAAAGUGUCUUUUUUGCAAUCUUGAUGUAAUGUACUUUUUAUAAGGACAUGAAAUCUUAAAUAAAGUUCUUGUGAAGAAUUUCCAAA